CUAGUCACGCGUGCAAGGUGUUGGAAGUAAGAAGUGCAGGAAAGUUCGAGCUUCGAUCGAAGUUCCCGUUCGCCCGAGUAUGAAACAAUUUCAAAAUGGAAAAUCCGUUGCUCGAUCGCAUUACACAGAGAGGGAGAAAAAACUCCCGGACUUAAUUACGUAUUCGGGUGAAAUUUUCCGCGUGGAAGUGAUUAAUUUCAGUUCAUUACACCUCCGGCCUUCGCCGAAGCGAUCGAGAUAAUCAGCCUUCUUCAAUGCGGUUUCAACGUCCGCAGUGAGCGAGCGACCUUUCAGCAUAAAACAUCGCAACGAGCAACGUGGUGACGACGUUACGUUCUCAGUGUUUUGACGGACUGUCCUGCCGAUCGCCGGAAUUCCGAUACUCGUUAUUUCUCGGACCCGAGACCGGGAAAUAUAUUGUCGGAAAAUCGUUGUAGUGCAUAAUCAAAUUCAUUUUUUGCUGCACUCGUGACCAUGAUGGAGGACGAAGACGAUUGGCUAACGAGCGAUAUUUUCAAGGGAUCUUUUCAGAACGAUUACAUACUGGGCGAGAUGAUAGGAAGGGGAUCCGUGUCAACAGUCUACACUUGUCUAUACAAGGGAAGGAAAAAGUUUGCCUGCAAAAUGGUACCCAAGGAUCGGUUGAACAAAUCAGAAGUUCGAAGUACGGUUGAAACGUUGCUGAAACUUCGCCACAACAAUAUCAUCUCGGUAAAGACGGUUUACAACGAAAGACGACACUUGUUCGUGAUCACGGAUCUGGCAUCCGGAGGAGAACUGCUAGAGAGGCUGGCAUCAAGAGGUGGACACUCAGAGAGAGACGCUGCUAAAGCUGUUCGAGAUGCACUGGCUGCUUUGAAUUAUCUCCACGGAAUGGGGCUUUGGCAUGGGAGUGUUCGUCCCGAGAAAUUGAUAUACUCAACGGAGGAUGAAAAUUCGCGACUCUUGCUGGUGGAUAGAGGGAUCACCACAAAUUCGUUGAACGGGUACAACGCUCUUUACUGCGCUCCUGAAGUGUUGGUUGGACAUGUCGAGAGUACCGCGGCUGACAUCUGGAGUCUGGGAGUCGUCAUUUACAUCAUGCUGUGCGGAUUUGAACCUUUUCGAGGAACAAUGGUAACCUUUUUCCCAUCGCCGUAUUGGGAUGAUAAAACUACGGAUGCAAAGCUGCUUAUAAGAAGGCUGAUGCAGCAGCGACCGGAGGACAGACCGACAACACGCGAUCUCCUUUUGGACCCUUGGGUACUCGGUGAAAAAUCUAGCGAACUUCCAAUGCCAAACACCGCAAAACACCUGCGCGAAUUCAACGCCAGGAGAAAAUUUAAAGCUGCGACUCUCGCUGUGAGAGCCACACGUCGAGCUAUGACGUUUUCAAAUUAUCAGGAAGCAGUGAUUUAACCAUAAACAGUGCCGCCUGUAUUUUGCUAACUAUUCCUUGUUAUAUAAUAAGCUUAAAUCGCUUACAGUUUCUAGAAUUGGAUGUAAGUUAUACGGAUAUCGAAAAUCGCAGUCGCUUUAAUUGAACAAUUUUACUUUAUUACUUACAAAUAUACGUAUAUAGUAUUACUAAACUUCAUUCAAGGAGAUGGAUGUAAGAACAUGUCGAAUCUAGUGAGCCAUAACUUGAGGCAAUAAAACAGGACUUCUAUCGCAGGACGCAGUUGCUAGAAGAUUUUCAUGAAUAGAAUAGGUACAUAAAUUGGGUCACGUUCUCCCGUUUCAAAAUUUUCAUACAAUUUUUGUGAUUGAAAAUAGUACAUUAUGUAACAAGGGAAUAAAGUCGACUUUGAUUCCUGCGUUACAUAAAGUACUUUAUUGCCGACUCAACUCUGGCGGCAAUAUUUAUUUGAAAACCGGGACUUUUAAAUUAGGUUCACAUUUCUCGCUGAUUUGGAUUUGCAGGGAACAUGAUCUGAUAUAAAUGAAAGUAAUGGUUGUUCUAGUAGAAAAUUGAGGAAAAUUUCGUCGUUCUAUGGUUUAUCUCUCGACGUAUUGAUCACAGUGACUUUAUAUAUAAUUGCAAAAUCGGUUUACGUCGCAAAUUACGUUGAUAUAGUUUAUGCAUGGACUAGUAUGUGAGGAAGUCCGAAUGAAUUAGAAUAAGGUUUGACCUCGAUCUUUGACGAAUUGGCUGUCAAUUUAUUUCCUACUUCUGCUCCACCAAAUAUAUAUUGUCUAAUUUU